CCAACACCAAAACCCGCUAUUUCUUUGUCCUCGCAAACCCUAGCUCUCCUCCUGCCUCCCACUUCGUUCCACACUCCUCCACCGAACUCCUUCGGAUCCCAGAAUCAAAAUGAGGUACGUGGAGAUUGGAAGAGUGGCGCUUGUGAACUACGGGAAGGAGUAUGGAAGACUUGUUGUGAUUGUGGAUGUUAUCGACCAAAAUUGGGCUCUUGUUGAUAACCCUGAUAUGGUAAGGACCAAAAUCAACUUAAAGAGGCUUUCCCUCACUGACUUUAAGAUUGACAUCAAGAGGGUUCCAAAGAAGAAGACUUUGAUUGAGGCCAUGGAGGCUGCUGAUGUGAAGAACAAAUGGGAGAACAGUUCCUGGGGAAGGAAGUUGAUUGUGCAGAAGAGAAGGGCCUCACUUACUGAUUUUGAUAGGUUCAAGCUAAUGUUGGCAAAAAUCAAGAAAAGCGGACUUGUCAGGCAGGAGCUUGCAAAACUCAAAAAGGAGAGUGCUGCCUAAGAUGGUUCAUCUUAUACAGAUUCUAUCUUGUUGCCGUUUUAUUACCCAUGCUAUUUAUUUAGAAUUAACUUUUUGGUUUGUUUUCAUAGAUGUUUUAAUUAAUAGUUGGAACCAAUCACCUGGUGUUUAUGUUUCAACAUUAUUGUGAAACCAUUGAGUAGAAACUUUUCAUGAA